AGAUGCGCCGGCUCAGCCAGUGGACGCAUUUCCUUUGUUUCGAUGGCGCCAGCUCGAAAAGGUAAGAACGAGCUGUUCUUCACCAUUCGAGACAAGCCGUUGCCAACUGCAACGAAGGCCGUCAAGAAGGCUACCCUCGUGAGCCUGAACUCGCGAUACCGGCCAACGGACCAGACGACCUUGUUCUUCGCAGCCGCGCGCAAGCAUGGCCAGGACAACGAGGCCUUAGCGCUGUGCAAGAUGCUGCUCGCGGCCGGCGUCCCGUUGGACUUCGUGGACGAGAAUGUCCAGACUGCAUUGUUCUACGCGGCCCGAGAGGGCCAUUGCCGAACCUGCACCUACCUAGUGCAGCAAGGCGUGGACGUGAACCAUGUGGACAAGAACCAGGAGUCGGCGAUCUUUUACGCCGCGAACCGAGCACAUUGGGAGACGGUGCGUACGCUCCUGCAGUGCGGGGCCCGCCUGGACGUGAUCAACCAGUGGGGCUGCAACAUCGUGCAAGUUGCGGCCAAGUCAAUUGCGCCAAAGGUGCAAGAGGAGAUCAACGCGCGAAAGCGUAAGACCUCAGAGGAGGUGGAGGUCGAGAUCUUGCCGGAGAAGCGCCGGAGAGUGGCCACUCCUCUAGAGGCCUUGCGGGACUGGGCCAACGAGUGGCCCAGCACCGAGGCGGUGCAGGGCCAGCACAUCGAAGCCAAGGUGGAGGACUUGGUGAAGCAGGGCGAGGGCUACGCUGUGGUCAGGGCCCCCGUGGUCUCCGCGGCGCGUUUGCGCAUCUCGGAGAAGAACUUCGUGGUGGACCAUGCUGAGUUGAUGGCAAAGCACGCCUGGUUUGCCAACAUUCCCCCAGACAGCUGGUGCAGGAGUUGUGGCGUGAUCGAGGACGGCUUUCAGCCUCCCGACGGGCCCAUUUCGGCCAUCAAGGGAGUGCUGUCCAACGCCAACCCGAAUCACUUUACACUGGCUCUGAUCGAGACGGAGUCGAAGGAGAUCGCGGGCUACGUCCACUGCCAGCGGCAGAAGGAGCAGAACAACCUGCUCAUCUCGCACGUCAAGGUGGACGAAUUGCACAAGGGCAAGGGCCUGGGGGGUUUGCUGAUCAAAGCGGCGGAGGAGCACAGUCACAAUUUGAGCUGGAACUGCGACUCCGUGGGGCUCUCGGUCUUGGAGGCCAACACGCGGGCUACCCGGUGUUAUGAGAAGAACGGCUUCAAGUGCGAAGGUCCCGGUUCCACGGCCCGAUGGGGCCCGGAGAAGAACGAAGCCUCGAUGUGGCAGCGGUGGACAAAGAGCCACCAAUUCGCCAAGAAGAAGACCCCUUGAUCCUGGGGUCAAUCUGACUCUAAUACUAUGGGUUGAAAGUUGACUCCCCAAAUGCAGC